AUGCAUUCGUCAACACUAAAUUGUUUCGUGGCCAAUCGAGUUUCGGAGCUGCAGAUGAAUUCAGUAGGCAUAAAUUGGAGAUAUGUACCUACGAAGCAAAAUCCGGCAGACAUUGUAUCACGCGGUUGCAUGGCACGUGAACUCUUAAACACUAUGUGGUUUAAAGGACCAGCAUUUCUCUCCAGAAAUACCGAAUCAUGGCCAGAGGAAGCGACAAAGACCUCGUUCAGUAAACUGGAGUUGGAACAGCGGAAACCAAUUACACUCAAGUGUACCGUCGGUGUCACAGAUAAAAACAUCGUUGAAAAUCGUUUUAUUGGCAGACGUGGCAUACCGUAUCGUAUCUACUGUGACAACGCCACGAAUUUUGUGGGCGCACAGGCGCAGCUGAAUGAAUUAAAGCGUCAGUUCUUCAACCAGCAAUCAGUAUCUGAUUUGGAGCAGUUCGGCAGCGUUCAUGGGUUUGAAUUUCGAUUUAUCCCACCGCGAGCUCCUCACUUUGGGGGAUUGUGGGAAGCUGCUAUAAAAUCAAUGAAGACUCUGCUGGUAAAAUACAUCUCACAGUCUAACUUAACAUUCGAAGAACUUCAGACAGUAGUGAUUGAGGUAGAGGCCAUAUUGAACUCGCGACCUCUUACGCCUUUGACUGACGACCCAAAUGAUGGUGAGGCGCUUACUCCAGCACAUUUGCUUAUAGGGACUUCGUUGAAAACACUGCCGGAGCCACAACUCAACGUCAUAAAGGAGUCGCGUCUAACUAGUUGGCAGCGUAUCACUUACUUAAAGCAGCGAUUAUGGGACUUGUGGCGUCGGGAUUACCUUCAUACAUUACAAGUGCGGUCGAAGUGGCUUGAGAAGCAAGAAAACAUCGUUCCUGGUCAGCUUGUUAUGAUUCAUGAUGACAAUUUGCCACCCCAACAAUGGACACUUGGUCGCAUCACAAACACGUCCCCAGGAGCAGAUGGCCGUGUACGUGUGGUUGACAUUCUCACAAAGCGAGGUACUCUACGGCGCCCAGUGCACAAGAUAGCUCCUUUGCCGAUUGAAUAA